UUUGGUACGAAUAAAAAAUGAUAAACAUACUAACAUAGAAAUAGUAACAUUAACAUACGAAAAAAAGUCGAAAAUGGGGUAGGAAUUUUCUUUUAAAUAAAGUUUAAAUAAUUUAUUAAAGCUAACAUUAUUAUUUGUAAUAGUUUUUAGGAUACGUAUUACAAAAUGGAAGAAGAUAAAUUUGCAUUGGUGGAAAAAAUAAUAAAAGACGUACACAAUGUUUUAACCAAAAUAGCUGAGUUGUAUGCUUUUGAUGUUGUCCCUAUGGAUAUUAAUUUUCAAAACAAAUCGCCUGUCUUACACAUAGAAAACUGUUUGGGUCUAGAAUCUUGGUGUGUGAAGCAUGUCUACAUGUAUUGUUAUUCAGAACUCAUGGAUAAGUAUAGUAUUAAAUCCAAACGCAAGACGCAAAAGAUCUCAACUAUAGAUUCAGAUCGUUUGAUAAGGUUAUUGAAUUUGACACUUUUACUUAACCCAGAAAUAAAUUCUUUAUGGAAUAGAAGACGUGAAUUGGUCGAGGGACUCUUGAUAGAUAAGACUGUUGAAUUGCAUUUCAUAAGACUUGUGCUUUCAAGGAAACCUAAAUGUAAUGAAGCAUUUGCAUACCGGAGAUGGCUUUUGGAAACAAUCCUCCAAGGUGAAGACAACUUAAGAAAUAGCAUUGAACAAUUAAUUAUUGAUGAAUUAGUUAUAUGCGAUUUGGCUUCUGAUAAAAGUUCAAAUAACUACCACAGCUGGAAUCAUCGGAUGUGGUUUUUAUAUAAACUUAAAUUAGUAUCUGUUAAUUGUGAUCUUGAUGCACUUUAUAUUAAAGAAUACCAUGCUUCAGAAAAAUGGAUAUCAAAGCACGUUUCAGACUUCAGUUGCUUUCACUAUAAUCAGUUUUGUAUUAAAAACCUUUACAGCCUAUCAGAUGGUUCCUGGAAGAGUCUUGAAAAAACUUUAAACAUUGAUUUAAGAAAAACUCUUGUGAGAGUUUUAGCUUCAAACUUCCCAAAAGAUGUAACAUUACAAGCAUCUGAAGAUAAUUUAGUUAAGUAUACAGAAGAAAAUUUAAUCAACCUCCUUUUAGCUUACUCAAAUAAAGUUUGUAUCUGCAAUGUGGAUUAUGUACAGAUGAGUCGAAAAAUAGAGAUUUUAUUUCAUGCUCUUGUACUGAAUAAUGAAUUGAUACAGUUUUAUAAAUAUCAUGAGACAUUAUGGUAUCAUAGAAGAUUUAUUUUGCACGAAAUUAUUGUGAUAAUGUAUGACUACUUUGGUCUAAUAAGGUAUAAUGGUGCACUCAUAAAGAAGAAUUGUAAAGUUUGCAAUUAUGAUGACUUAAGACAAAAACAAGCAAAGGUUGGAAGGUAUGACAGUAACCAUAUCUUUUCCAGUGUGUUGUUUAAUGUAAUUAUUACACAUGAAAAGAAAAUAAUUGAAGAGAGGCGAAAGGAUGGAGAUCAUUACGCAGACAGAUAUGAAAAAUACUUAAAAUUUGUUGAAGGUCUUAACAAUGUUAUGUAAAAUAAAAUGUGUUUGUCACAGAUUUAUAAAAAAAGUUUUAUAUGAUAACAUAAUGCAAUAGCAGUAAUUAUGAUGUCUCCAAAAUUUGAAAUACGAAACUAUCAUAUUGCAAAUGAUAUUUACCACUUUUCCAAUUUUCUAUUGUGAAGUUAAUUAUAUCAUAGUUAUAAAAAUGUAUUAAAAAUAUAUUUUAGGCUUAUAA